AUGAAUAAGAAGAGGAGAACCACUAAAAGACACAAAUCUGUGGUUAAAACUGAACCCAAAGUAUUGUCCGAAUAUUUAACACAAAAUAAGACCGAAAGCGAGAAAUCUGUGAAAUCGACGACAGAUUCGCCGAAAUGUGCGGAAAAUGAGUUCCAAAAGUGUUUGGAAACCGAAGACGAGUCUUACGGACCGAAGAAAUGGUAUGUUUGCGGUUAUAAUGGAUGUGAGAGACGGUUCCGGAGACCGGGAUAUUUAGCCAAACAUCGGCUGUUGAGCGGACACUCGGAAGACAGCGAGACAUCAAUGGUUGAGUGCUUGCGAUUCAAGAGUUCAGAACGGAUGAAGUGCUUUGAUUUAACAACAAAUUUAUUCAAUUGUCCGCUCAAUGACUGCCACAAGAGUUUCUCAGAGGAGAAACAGUUUUACCAACACAUGUGUCGACACGACUUAAAACCACGGUUUAAGUGCGAAUACGAGGGAUGCGAUAAAAUCUAUACCACUCGCGACAGUCUGGCCACGCAUUUAUUGAUACAUAAAAAUGUGAAAUCAUUUAAAUGCCAUUAUAAAAGUUGUAAUUAUGAAGCCAUUUGCCAACGGUAUCUAAAUCUACAUCUCGUAUCGCAUUCAACGGACAGACCAUUACUUGAAUGUCCAGUCAAUGGCUGUAAGAAGACCUUUAAAUAUUCGGGAGGUCUGGACUUGCAUUCGCGGUCACAUCAAAGCGAACCCACUUUCAAAUGUGGUUUCGGAUGUAAUGAAAUGUUUUAUAAACCCUAUCAGCGAAGGAAACACGAGACCGAUGUCCACAACAAGAGGCCGAUUACUAUAUACCCGGCAAAGAAACAACGGUGCGAUUGGCCCGGAUGUGAGUAUAUCGGCACAUAUCUGAACGGCCAUAAACGUGUCCACACGGGUGAGCGGCCGCACCGGUGCUUAUGGCCAGAUUGUGGCAAAAGUUAUAAAAAUGGGGAACGACUGAAAGACCACAUGAAUAUGCAUAACAAUGUGCGCCCAUAUGUGUGUCAAUGGCCCGGAUGUGAGUACACGACAACCGGUGCCUCCUAUUUGUUUAAUCACAAAAAGAUUAUAACUGCAAAUGACAUUCAUAUUAUCACUGCAUCUGAUUUCCAACUGAAGAGUACAUCAAAUGAUCAACAAUUGAGGAGAAGAGGAAGUGAUGACAUAUCUGGAGAUAUGAAGACAAUUAUAGAUAUUAAUAAUGAAGACAUGAAUGCCAUUGAAAUGUCGGAUCAAAUGAGAACUCAAAAGCGGCCAAAAAAUAAAAGACAAAAAUCGAAGAAAACAAUCAAUAAUUUGAAUGAAAAGUCUAAUGAAUGUUAUCUCCAGAAGAAGAGGAGAACCACUAAAAGACAGAAAUCUGUGGUUAAGACUGAACCCAAAGUAUUGUCCGAAUAUUUGACACAAAAUAAGACCGAAAGCGAGAAAUCCUUGAAUUCGACGACAAAUCCGUCGAAAUGUGCGAAAAAUAAAUCUCAAAAAAAUUUCAAAUUUGAAAACAAGUCAUACAAACCUAUAGUUUCGUCGAACAAGUCUUAUGUUUGCGGCCAUAAGGGCUGUCGAAGACGGUUCCAAAGACCCGGAAAUUUAACCAAACAUCGGCUGUCGAGCGGACACACGGAAGAUAACGAGCCAUCGAUGACUGAUUGCUUGCGAUUCAACGAAUCAGAGCGGAUGAAGUGCUUUGAUUUGAUAACAAAUGCAUACAAUUGUCCGCUCAAUGACUGCCACAAGAGUUUCAAAACUGUGAAACUUUUUUCUCAACACAUGUUUCGACACGACUUGAAACCACGGUUUAAGUGCGAAUACGAGGGAUGCGAUAAAGUCUAUGUCCGUCCCGAGGGUCUAGCCAUGCAUUUACUGAUACAUAAAAAUGUGAAAUCAUUUAAAUGUCAUUAUAAAGGUUGUAAUUAUGAAGCCGUUUGCCAACAGUAUCUAAAAUUUCAUCUCUCAACGCAUUCAACGGACAGACCAUUACUUCAAUGUCCGGUCAAUGGCUGUAAGAAGACUUUUAUGGGACAGAAGGGUCUGGACUUGCAUUUGCGGACACAUCAAAGCGAACCCACUUUCAAGUGCGGUGUUGACGGGUGUUUGGAAAUGUUUUUUACAAGCACUCAGAAACUCAACCAUAAGGUCGCUGUUCAUAAUAAAAAGCCGUAUAAAACGAAACCACCGCAAAAGCGACGGUGCGAUUGGCCCGGAUGUGAGUAUUUUGGAUUCGCAUUAGCCUCUCAUAAACGUGUCCACACGGGUGAGCGGCCGUACCCGUGCUUAUGGCCAGAUUGUGGCAAAAGUUAUAAAAGUAAGCUCCGAUUGAGAGAACACAUGAAUAUGCAUAACAAUGUGCGCCCAUAUGUGUGUCAAUGGCCCGGAUGUGAGUACACGACCACUGGAAGCGCUUAUAUGUUUAAUCAUAAAAAGAGGCGUCAUAGCUACCCAAACAUCACAACAUCAGUCACCAUCUCGAAGACCACCAGCAGUUACGGAAUCUUUAAAAUCAAUGAUAAAAAUCUAAAUCAAUUCAAAUUCAAUUCAAUUCAUUGCCUCCUCGGAGACGCCUUUCGCAUAACACGUGUCGUAUUGACUGAUCUCAUGAUCGCAGAGAAGUUGACGCUUUGGUUCGCAAACCCGGAGUGA